AUGUCACACACACGCGCCCCCGACUACAUAAACCAACCUCAUCUCCCUUCCCUUUUUUUCUCGUUACCCAUGGCUCCUCGCGAUAAACUUGACGCCACCACCGCCGCCGGCAAUGGCGGCAAAGAGACUCGCUAUCGUGGUGUUCGUAAGCGCCCGUGGGGACGUUAUGCGGCGGAGAUCAGAGAUCCCGGCAAGAAAAGCCGUGUUUGGUUAGGUACUUUCGAUACUGCCGAGGAGGCGGCUCAGGCUUACGAUUCUGCCGCUCGUCAGUUCCGUGGCGCUAAAGCUAAGACUAACUUCCCUUUCCCUACGGAUUUGUUGCUUCCGACCGCCGUCAGCGGUGGAACGAAGCUUGUGACGCGGAGUCCUAGCGAGAGUAGCAGCAUCGUUGAGUCGACUAACUCGGUAGCGCCGAUCGCUGCUGCGGCUCCGCUUCCGCUUCCGCCUGAAGCACUUGAUCUUAGCCUCUCGCACUAUCCUGUUGGAUUUCCGAUGGCUCGUUCGCUGUUCCUGUUCCAUUCACAGAUGAAUGUCAAUAUCAACAACAAUAACAUCCAUAACCGUUUCAAUAUCUUCAGAUCGGACAGAUCUAUCGUACGCGAUCCUCAUCUGAGCAUCGGUGCUGGUUGCCUCGCUCAGAGCGACUCCGAUUCUUCACCGGUUAACAAUUUCAGUUAUUCUUCCGAGCGUCCAAAACAAGAGAAAUCGGUAAAUCUCGAUCUCGAUCUCAAUUUUCCUCCGCCGGAAGUUGCGUAAUCAGAGGUUUUCACUGUCUACAUUUCUUCUUUUGUUCUUCUAGAUCAGAUUUUAACCAUUAAAUCAGAGAAAAAAACUCAAAAAUCUGUUAGGAUGAAAGCAGCCUGAUAAUGUUUUGAUGCGCUGAUAAUAUGUUAAAAUUCUUGUUCCGAUUUGUAUAUAGAUCAAAACAAAACCACAAUCUCUGCAGAUUUCCUUUGAUUUUUACAUCAGAGGAUCAUA